AUGGUGACCUUUAGGCAGCUUGAGAUACUGUUUGGGUUCACCUAUGGAGAAGGUAACCAAUGGAACAUCAAGGAAGAAGAACUCCAAAGAGUAUGGGCUACAAUAGCUGAAGAGGGGUACUCUUCCUCAAGGUCCAAGGCUGCCCAGAUCAGAAGUCCUGUGCUUAGAUAUGUCCACAAGGCUCUUGCAAACACCUUCUUUGCAAGGAAAGCCACUGGAACAAUCAAUGAGGGAGAAGUGAAGCUCCUUACCAUGGGAAUCAAGCCCAUCAUCUCACGCACAAGGAUGGGAAGAAGAUCAGAGGAGACAGGGCACACGCAGGGAAUCUCAUGCCUCUCCUUGAGCAGCUCCAAGCCUACAAGGUCACAGCUUACAACACUAGGCACCAAAGAGGAAGAAAGCUUAGUGUUGGAGGGGUGA